AUGUCUAUCAACUUCAAAUCCAGUAAGGCCGUCAGAACAGAUGAUACUUUAAUCACCAAGUUCACCUAUGAAAACUCUCUCGUUGAGAAGGACGCACAAGGUAACUUGAACGUCACUCCAACUGCCAUUGACUAUGAUUUCAAGCUUGACUUGAAGACCCCAAAGACUGGGUUGUUGUUGGUUGGUUUGGGUGGUAACAACGGUACCACCUUGGUUGGUUCCAUUUUGGCUAACAAGAGCAACAUUUCCUUCGAAACCAAGGAAGGUGUUGUCAAGCCAAACUACUACGGUUCGGUCACCCAAUCUUCCACCGUCAAGAUCGGUGUUGAUGCCGAUGGUAACGAUGUCUAUGCCCCAUUUAACUCUAUUGUUCCAUUCGUCAACCCUAACGAUUUGGUCGUCGGUGGUUGGGAUAUCAGCAAGGCUCCAUUAGACCAAGCUAUGAAGAGAGCCAAGGUCUUGGAUGUUUCUUUGCAAGAGAAGUUGCGCCCAUACCUCAAAGACAUUGAGCCAUUGUCCUCCAUUUACUACCCAGAUUUCAUUGCCUUGAACCAAAAGGAACGUGCUGACAACGUUUUCAACACUGGUAAGGGUGGUGAAGUUAACACCAACAACAAGUGGGCCGAUGUCGAAAAGGUCAGAACUGAUAUUCGUGACUUCAAGAAGCAAAACAACUUGGACAAGGUUAUUGUCUUGUGGACUGCCAACACUGAAAGAUAUGCUGAGUUAAUUGACAAGGUCAAUGACACUGCUGAUAACUUGUUGGAAGCCAUCAAGAACAACCACGAGGAAGUUGCUCCAUCCACUAUCUUCGCCGUUGCUUCCAUUUUGGAAAACGUCCCAUACAUCAACGGUUCUCCUCAAAACACCUUCGUUCCAGGUGUCAUUGAAUUGGCUGAAAGAUACAACACCUUCAUUGGUGGUGAUGACUUCAAGAGUGGUCAAACCAAGAUCAAGUCUGUCUUGGCCCAAUUCUUGGUUGAUGCUGGUAUUCGUCCAGUUUCCAUUGCUUCAUACAAUCACUUGGGUAACAACGAUGGUUACAACUUGAGUGCUCCAAAGCAAUUCCGUUCCAAGGAAAUUUCCAAGCAAUCUGUCGUUGACGAUAUCAUCGAGUCCAACCAGAUUUUGUACAAUGAAGAAAACGGUAAGAAGAUCGAUCACUGUAUCGUCAUUAAGUACUUGCCUGCCGUUGGUGACUCCAAGGUUGCUAUGGACGAAUACUACUCCGAAUUGAUGUUGGGAGGUCACAACAAAAUUAGUAUCCACAACGUCUGUGAAGACUCCUUGUUGGCUACUCCAUUGAUCAUUGACUUGGUCAUCAUCACCGAAUUCUUACAAAGAGUCCAAUACAAGCGUGCUGACGAAAGCGACGAAAAGUACCACGACUUCUACGCCGUGUUGACCUUGUUGAGUUACUGGUUGAAGGCACCUUUGAGCAAGCCAGGAUUCAAGCCUAUCAACGGUUUGAACAAGCAAAGACAAGCUUUGGAGAACUUGUUGAGAUUGUUGGUUGGAUUGCCAAUCAACAACGAGUUGAGAUUCGAAGAAAGAUUACAGGUUUAA